AUGUGGGGUUGAGGGGGGGUGUACAAGAGGGAAGCUCUGUCUCUCCGGACGGACCGAGAGCUGCAAAUCCACCUCGGAGCAUCUCUGCGCGGAGUACGAGAGGAUGCGUACAGAGGUCUGCGGCGGAGCUGCACGCCGAGGACGAUAUGCGUGUGAUGUCUGAACUGAUUUGUGUCAUUACCGGCGUUGUUGGAUCUUUUCUUUUUUCAUCGGACUGCAAUGGAGCGUCGAUCCAAAGCGUGAGAGGUGCUGAUCGUCCGUCUGCUUAUAGGCUCAUUCACGCACAAUAAGCCAAGGAAACUGGCUGUUACACACAGUGGCAAUUCAUCAUCUGUACUGGUAAAUAUCUGAGUCUAUGCUAUUUGGCACUGUGGCUGUUUUCCAUUGUGAUAUGACCAAGAAGCCAUAAUGAUUUUUUUAAUGAAUGAUUUAAAGAAACACAUGCAGUUAACAGACGGGAUAUAUGCUCAUUAAGGGCUUCAGAGGGCUUUGUGGACUUAGAUAAUACACAUUUUCCUUUUUUGUUGUUUGCAACGAGUAACAGAAGCCAGUCAUGUCAAAGAACAAGAGCAGUGAGUCAGUGAAGGUGGUAGUUCGAUGCCGCCCUUUGAGCCGGAAAGAGGAGUCCAAUGGGCCUGCAGGGGGAAUAGUGCAGAUGGACCUACGGCUGGGACAGGUAAUCCUCAGAAACCCUCGUGCACCACCAAGCGAGCCCCAGAAAACAUUCACAUUUGAUGCAGUGUAUGAUGCAAACUCCAAACAGCGAGAGCUAUAUGACGAGAGCGUGCGGCCGCUGAUAGAUUCAGUGCUGGGAGGGUUUAAUGGCACCAUAUUUGCCUAUGGGCAGACAGGAACUGGGAAGACAUACACCAUGCAGGGAGCGUGGCUGGACCCAGAGAGACGAGGUGUGAUUCCCAAUGCCUUUGACCAUAUCUUCACACACAUCUCCCGCUCCCAAUCUGACAAGCAAUACCUAGUGCGGGCGUCCUACCUCGAGAUCUACCGAGAGGAGAUUCGGGAUCUUCUUGACCCCAAUCAUGGCAAUGCUAGAGCCCUGGAGCUCAGAGAAAAUCCAGAUACUGGUGUGUAUGUUCAAGAUCUCACAUCCUGUGUCUGCAAGAGCAUCAAGGAGAUCGAGGAAGUGAUGAAUGUGGGCAAUCAGGCGAGGGCGGUUGGGGCAACAGACAUGAAUGAACAUUCGUCCAGGUCCCACGCUUUGUUUUUGAUCACUGUGGAGUGCAGUCAGCCUGGGCCAGAUGGGAGGAAACAUAUACGGGUUGGACGCCUUAACUUGGUGGACCUGGCUGGCAGCGAGCGGCAGGCCAAGACCGGCGUCCAGGGCGAGCGCCUGAAAGAGGCCGCCAAGAUCAACCUUUCCCUGUCAGCACUGGGAAAUGUUAUCUCCGCUUUGGCAGAUGGGCGCAGCGGACAUGUGCCGUACCGGGACUCCAAGCUUACCCGGCUGUUACAGGACUCUUUGGGCGGGAAUGCUAAGACUGUUAUGGUUGCCACACUUGGCCCGGCCCCUCAGCACUACGACGAGACUCUCACAACCCUUCGGUACGCCAACCGGGCCAAGAACAUCCAGAACCAGCCCAGAGUCAACGAGGACCCCAAGGAUGCUCUGUUGCGGGAGUUCCAGAGAGAGAUUGCUCGCCUCAGGGCCCAGCUCAACCACAGGAAGUGGAGGAGCAAACAGAAGAGUGAGCAGGUGGAGGACGAGAGCUGGGAUGGAGACCAGGAGAAAGAGAUUGAGGGCGAAGAGGACGAGGAGGUCGAGAAGGAGGGAGAGGACUAUGUGAAGCUGGAGGAGCAGCGGCUAGAGAGGGAGAAGGAGGCCAUUAGAGGAGACCAGGACUUGAUGGCUGACGAGAAGCAGAAACUGCUGGGAGAGAAAGAGAGGAUGAUGGUGGAUCUGAGGAAGGAGCAGGAAGCCACAGAACAGCUGACCGCCAAGUACAAGGCGAUGGAGAGCAAGCUGCUGGUCGGUGGAAAGAACAUCAUAGAUCACACCAAUGAGCAGCAGAAGAUGCUGGAGAUAAAAAGGCAGGAGAUAGCAGAGCAGACGCGUAAGGAGCGCGAGAUCCAGCAGCAAGUGUUGAUUCAGGAUGAAGAGACGCUGGAACUGAGAGAGACUUUCACUUCUCUGCAGCAGGAGGUCGAAGCCAAGACAAAGAAACUCAAGAAGCUGUACGCCAAGCUCCAGGCAAUCAAAGUGGAGAUCAAGGACGUGAACGACGAGCACGUGAGGAGCAGACAGGAGCUCGAGCAAACUCAGAACGAGCUCACCAGAGAGCUCAAGUUCAAGUAUCUGAUCAUAGAGAACUUCAUCCCCCCCGAGGAGAAGAAUAAGAUAAUGAACAGGCUGGUCUUUGACCCUGAGGAAGACCAGUGGAAGUUCCAGUCACUUGUUCCUGCUGAAAGUAAAUCCUCGCAGAUGAAGAAAAGGCCAGCAUCUGCAGUCGGAUACAAACGACCCAUCAGCCAGUAUGCCAGGGUUGCCAUAGCGAUGGGAGGUCAUUCCAGAUACAGGGCUGAGAACAUCAUGUUUCUGGAGCUGGACAUGACUCCUCCAAACACCGCCUCAGUCGAUCGCUCGAAGGACGCAGAACCGAACCAAAGUCCCUCGGUGGACAGCUCGCCCACCAAGGAGAAAGGCGUUCGAAAGUCCCAGUCUUGGUGUCAGACUCCAAAAUCCAUGACUUCCUCCCCUUCUAAUGUGUCCUUGGCAGCAUGUCACGCUGCCACACCUGCAGCGGCACAUGGCCGCCUUACAGACUUCUCAGUGAGGCCCACAGCUGGGACACAAACACACCACCACCACCUCUGCUGAAAGCUGACAGACUACAUGGAAAUGAUCUUCUGACAGGAAACUAAAUGACCAUAUGAACCUCAGAAACUCUGUAUAAAUCAGUUCCUCCAGUUCCUCCUUCCGGCAGAGCCCUUUCCUCUUUUGCAUGUCAGAUCAUCUCUGAAAACAGCUGGCUGCAGUGCUGAACUGCCCAGACUGUUGUGUGUGUGUGCGUGUCUGUGUGUUUGUGUGUGUCUGUUGUGUACAAAGCGCUGUAUGAUUGCCUGUUUGUGUUUCUAGUCGUGACCACUGCAGAUUUAAAGGUGAAGGUUUCAUGUAUUCUGGAUUUUUCAAAGCAGGUUUGGUCUGUUUUCUAUGUAGAAGUUGGACUAUUGUCAGAGCGUUUAUGUCAGUGUUGGCUUUUGGAAAUGAGUACACUAAAAAUAAUAAGAAUAUAUGAUGUGUACUGUUGUUGGUCAGACGAGGUGCUCAAGACCUGAAUGAUGACCGUUGUCAUUCCUGUUUCCUCCCAUCAUUUAUCUGUCCCCCUGCAGUGUCUAAUUUAAAUGAAAUGUCUUAAAAACUAAUGUAAUUAAAAUGAAGAACAUGAGGCAUGUCACACUGUCAGAAUUAUUUUACUGGGAUUUUAAUUCAACAAACAAACACGGAUGGGCGGAUGGUGACCAGAUCCCAGCAAACUAAAUGUGGGACAAACACGACGUUUGUCUGGGACAACGUGGGGCACGUCAGCAAUGCUGGAGGGAUGUCAAAUAUAUUACAUUAACGUGCAAAUAUUCCAGGUCUUUUGUCAAGUAAAUA